AUGAAGCUGAAGGUUCUAUUGUUGGUAGAAAUUUUAACAUUUCUCACCUUUGGUUCGCCCCAGUCUUGUAAACACUAUCCAAACAGCACAUUCCUUAAUUGCUCAGGCCUAGGAUUUCUGAACGUACCGAAGAAUUUACCUGUGAAUACCACAAGACUUGAUUUAAGCAGCAAUAAUAUAACGACCUUGUUUAACAAUGAUUUCAGUGAGCUGACAAACCUUCAAUAUUUAGAUCUUAGUAUAAAUUUGAUAUCGUUGAUACAAGUGAACGCUUUUAAUGGAUUACAGACCUUGCAAGAACUUCACUUAUUCGGUCACAGAUUGAAUUAUACAAAUGAAUCAUUGCCAGUAGAUGUCUUUGAACCGCUCAAGUCUCUU